CGGGAGACUCAGCAGCGUUCUCGCGUAUUCGGAUCUUGUGUGCUCGCGUUGGCGAUUGGGUGAGGCGGCUUGCGAAUAGUCUCUGCGACGCGAUGGGCGGAGGUCGUUGAUGGUCCCUCCAGGAUCGUCUCCCACGUCGUCGCCACCAACAGCGCCGCCCGACCUGGACUCUCGCAGACCAAUCGUACACGGCGACGAAAAUAAGCUCGGACGCAAUACCUGCCCGUCCGCUGCGAUAGCCAGGUCCAGAUACCGCGGAGCCAAUCGGAAACGCAAAUCUGUCUCUGCUUUGCCGCGGGAGGCAGCAGGUGCCCCCCCAAGGAGUGUGCUGCAGUGCAAUUACGGAGAAGCAAGAAGCCCGCGGCGUCGUACCAACCGCAGGCACCGAUCGUGGAUCCAAGACCCUCCUCUACUGCCAGCGAGAUCGCGACGCACCCCUGGUACGGGCGCUGGAUCUUCUCCCGCUCGGCGUCGAUUAAUGCACGUACGUACCGUCGACGUACCGCUUCGUCGUGCUUCACAAGGGCCUCGACCUUGCAAUUUUUACUAUCACUUUUUUUCUUCUUUUCCUCCCUUUUUUCUGUGCUGUGCAACACCAAAAGCUUCCGGAUUACCAUUCCUCCACGGAGCCACAACGCACAGCGUAUCUGCCCGAGCCAGCCGGCACCCGGCGCUCAUGCGCUUACCAAGCGCGCCGAACCUCGAACGUGGUCCACCGUCUAUACCGCCCCGGAGCCGAAAUUGGCAAUGCGCCCGCGCCGAUCGCGAUCGGCAACGUCGCGCUCGCGCGAACCCGGAAGCGCGCACACGGAGGGCCUCCGGACACUGCGGCAUGAAAGGAACAGAUACCGCGCAGGCGUCGGGGGCUGUAGAUGCUUUGCUUCAUGAGACGGCGCAGAUGAAGUGCAUUGGUUAUGUACGGAUGAUGUACGAUCGAGAUCGUGGCCGCGAGAUGGAGGUGAUAUUCCCUCCCGGCGGGCUGGAAGGCGCGAACGCCACAGCUCGAAAUAGAAUGUGACCGUACGUGAAACAGCUGAAACAGCUGCGAAGGGUCCAACCUCCAGCACUCAGCAGGAAUUACAUUAGGUGAAGGCUGAAGAUGGACGUGCACGCCGACAGUUGCCGCACUAGACGUGACUGAUUGCAGCCCUGAUCAUAGUCAGCAGCAACAGUACCCAGCCGUUUCCAGUGCGCCGCACACGCUGCCUCGCAGCAGCAGGUGAUCCU